AUGGCUGCCAAUUAUUGGGACUCGACACAGGCCAAAUACUGGACCUUCACCAAUGCCGAGCUGGCGGAGAUGCGGCAGGAACUCGCCGACUCCGAGCAGCAACAUGAUCUCUCCACCCGCUUCCCGCUGCCCGAUCGCCGCCUCGUCAGCAUUUACCUCCAGCACAAUCUGGUACGGCUCGCCAAACGCAUGUCGCUGCGCCAACAGGCCCUCGCCACGGCGCUGGUCUACAUCAAGCGCUACUAUCUCCGCGUCGAAAUUCGCCGAACGAACCCCUAUCUCAUCAUGACCACCGCCGUCUACCUGGCCUGCAAGAUGGAGGAGUGCCCGCAGCACAUCCGCCUCAUGCUCGGCGAGGCCGCCAGACAGUGGCCGGAGAUGGGCGUGAGCGAGAGCAGCAAGAUCGGCGAGUGCGAAUUUGCCUUGAUCUCCACGUUGAACUCGCGCCUCAUCGUCCAUCAUCCCUACCGCUCCCUCGCCGAAUUCACGCCGCUCUUCGGCCUGACCGGCGACGAGCAAACCCUGGCGGCCAACAUCAUCAACGACUCCUACAACACCGACUUGUCCUUGACCAGUGCCCCCCAUAUCAUCGCCAUCGCGGCCAUCUUCCUCGCCGUCGUCCUUCGACCUACGGGACAGGCAGCCCAGAAUUACACAGCCGCUUCUUCGCCAGCCAGCCUGAAGCAGGUCGGUCCGAAGCUGGGCAAGCUGGUGGAUUGGUUGGCGGAGAGCAAGGUGGACAUGGGCGCGGUCGUGGACGCCACGCAGGAAAUGAUCAGUCUCUAUGAGGUAUGGGAGCAGUACCACGAGCGGAUCUGCAGGGAGUCCUUUGCCAAGUUCAUGCACACGGCAAACAAGUAG